AUGUCAGAGAGCCCAAGCCAAGUCGGGUCCCUAAGAAACUACUCCACCCUGAACCACAUCAAUGUCCUCAAACAAAUCACCGAAAAGAGUGCCGAAUACAACUUCCCUGUCUACGUUGCCCUCAUCGACUACAAAAAAGCAUUUGACGGUUGGAGUGGUCCGCAGUGUGGACAGCACUUGCAAAAAGGGAUGUUCAUCCAUAACUGA